AUGUGUGCUAGAGAUAUCGAUAUUUCACAGUUGGGAGAUCACAUAUGUGGGGGAUUCAGUGAACCUACUCCUCCUUUAGAAUCAUCUAGUACCUUUGACAAAAUGCCACCUCAGCAAGUUCCUUCCAACAAACCGGCGCCUUUCAGACCGUCAAAAAACCUACCACCAAGGGUCGAUACAUCAGCUGCGAACAGGCCAUACUUCCCACAAGAUCAAUUAACACCAGUCAGCGCUUCGUCAUCAAGAUAUGGCUCUUCAGUCGAUGGGCGAAACUCACCCUAUAAACAGCCUCUACGAAGCGCCACGGCCCCGUUGUUUAGAAUCCCCUCGUCCCCCGAAUUCUUUUCCUCAAACCUGGAUUCCCCCUUUCCCACGUUUCCGACACCACAAAACCAGUCUCGACUGAAACCACAGCAAGCGCGCGGAUAUGGAGGACAACUUACAGCGGCCGAUCCUAUGUAUGCGCCAGUAAGCCCGAGGACACCAUCAAGCGGUGGAUUUCUUCAGAGAAUGAACACUAUUGCGCCUGGUCCUUUCGAUAUGAAGCGACGGAAAGAGGUGGAAGCAGUAGAGAAGGUGCCGGCACCGGCGCACCGCAAACAAGGGUCAGAAGGAAGUUUAAAGGAUAUGAUCAUGGGGUCAAGGACCGAUGAGGACGAGCCCAUCAACAGACCUUCAACAACCGAGCCUGGACACCAGAGAACGUUGACAGGUGGUUCGAAUGGCUCCAGAUCAGAAUUUUCAGGCAAAGGUUCAAAGAAGAAUGGAUAUGGUGGAUUUGGAGCACCCACAGCAGAGCCAGAAAGCUACCAGGAACCUCUGCGGUCCGAGAGCAGAUCGCAGACGUUUCCUCUGGAGAAUCCAAGUCAAGCUGGUCCAUUACGGCGGCCAACAGAUCCAAUACCAAGUUCAAGAGAACGCCAUAACGUGAAGCCUUCUAUCUCAGGUCCUAUUCUUUCCAGACCUCUGCCUCCGCGGGGAGCAAGUCUUAUCAGACCUCGACUCCAGACCCCAGCGGGAAAUGUUCCACCAGUUCCAGACCUCAAUCUUGCUGCAGAAUUUGGAAUUGGCAAUCCAUAUCAUACCCCAACGGAUUCGCAAUCUUCUGACACAUCUGGAUUUAGUGCUACCAGCCAAGCAAGCUCUCGUUCUAGUCCACCACGAAGCCCACCACGAUCAAUCAGAGGAGAAAUCGCGGAAGUAAGUCCUGUGGAUAGCUUGAUGGCUGAUCUGGAAACCACCUUGUCCAUGUCACCCCAGAAAGAGAAAUCUUCGCCACGAUCACCUCCAAGGAAUCUUCAGCCGGCAAGUUCAGGUUUGAACGCAUCGCCAAUCAAAAGUACGGAGCAAUUCGCGAGACCAUUGGCCCCACCACCAGUCCUGAAGAACAUGAUGUUGGCACCAGAAUCGCCAAUGGAUCCAGCAAUCCAGCAUGGUCGCUUAUCCCCAGCACCACUCAAUACAUCCAGACCAGACUAUUCACGCAACAAUUCAGACCGACGACCAGCAUCUUCGAAAGGUAAUUGCAAAGGAUGUAGCGAGCCUAUCAAGGGCAAAUCAAUCUCCUCGGCCGAUGGUAGACUAACCGGUCGAUACCACAAGCAUUGUUUCGUUUGCAAUACGUGCCAGGAACCUUUCAAGACCGCAACCUUCUAUGUUAUUGACGACGCCCCAUAUUGCGAACGUCAUUACCACAAGCUCAACGGCAGCACGUGCACCACUUGUGAUAAAGGUAUCGAAGGGCAAUAUCUCGAAAGCGAACGCAAGCAGAAAUUCCAUCCCCACUGCCUCGCUUGCGCGGACUGCAAGAGGAUUCUGAAGCGUGACUACUUUGAGAUGAACGGUCGUGUCUACUGCGAGCGAGACGCGUGGAAGAGGUCCCAACAGCCGAAGUCAUUUGGAAAUGGCGGUUUGGGUGUCGGUACAAACCGAAUGGAAAGGAGGACGACGAGGUUGAUGAUGAUGUGA